AUGCCCCCCGUCAAGAAUCAGCUUAAACGCGAGAAGAAAAAGCCUACUGCCUGCCACCGAUGCCACACUCAUAAGGUCAAGUGCUCCGGCGGACAACCAUGCUCUAGAUGCUGGCAGGCUGGGUGUGGUGACGAAUGUCAAUACGCUCUACGCGAUCGCAAGCUCAAGGUACAAGAGAGCUACCUCGACGAACUGAUUACCCAGAACUCUCAGCUGAAAGAACAGCUCCGUGCACUCAGUACUCCUCGAGACUCGCCGCCGCCGAAUGCUCCUGGGGGUUUUGGACAACAAGAAUCCUACCCGCCAUUGCAAAAUCCUCUCGUGGGGGAACGGGCUUGGUUCUACCCAUAUGAUCCUUCUGCUCCUCCUAUCUUCAUGGGAGAAGCAGCGUGCACGGCAUUUGCGACGCGCUUGCGCCAAUUUCUGACGGGGAAUCCCAGCACCGCUCAUGUUACUCGAACACAGUAUACCCCGGAAUCCUCUUUGCUCGAAGGUGCAACCCAGUGGCCUGGUCUCACACAGGCUCGCCUGCUAGUUCGCAUUGCUUCCAAACAGUUGAGUCGCAUCUAUCAUCUGUUCUUACGCAAGUCUACGAUUGAGCAGCUGGAAACGGUAUAUCGUACACCCUCACUCCGCGAUGACCCUUCCAUAACGUGCAAGUUCUUUGCCCUCUUUGCCUUGGGCGAAGUUUAUUCCCGUCGGUCCAAUUCUUCGCCGACAAGUCGAGUCCCAGGGACAAUGUACUAUGUGCGGUCAAUGACUCUAAUUUCAAUCCUGCCAGAAAGGCCCGGGGUGAUACAUGUGGAAAGUCUGCUUUUGCUGGCCUUAUAUUCAUACUUCUUGAAUCGACGGCACUCAGGAUACAUGCUCAUCGGAAGCGCAAUGCGUCUGGCCCUGGUCCUGGGCCUAAAUCAUAACAUCCCUGAGCGGCAAUGCACGGAUCCCGUGGAACGCCAGCACCGAGUUCGGCUGUGGUGGGCUAUCUAUAUCUUUGACCGCAUGUGCACAUCCAAAAUUGGCUUUCCUUUACAAAUACGUGAUGAAGAUAUACAUAUUGACAUGCCUACUGAUGUUAUUGGUUCUGCCGCAGAAGAGCAAUUCUCAGAUACAGCCUAUCUAGUGGCUAGUAUUCGAUUAUCACAAAUCAUUGGUCAGACCAUUGAGAAAAUAUAUGGUCGGAAGCCGCACCCAGAAUCGUUUUUGCAACGAGAACAACAGCUAUUACUUGCUCUACAAGAUUGGCUUAGAUCCCUUCCGGACCACAUAAAACUGAAGCCUGAGGAUAAUUCUCCACCGAAACACAUUAUUUCCCUACAUUUGCAAUUCAAUCAGUGUGUUAUACUAGCCACUCGACCCAUACUUCUUCACGCUCUUUUUCAAUACAGUCACCGUGAGAAUAACGAGGAUAUCCCACAGCCAGUCAUCACGCUAAGUGAAGCCUGUAUUCACGCUGCGCGACACUCGCAUACACUCAUUAUAGAGGAAUGGGUCAAUGGGUCACUACCUAUAUACGGCUACUUCUCAGCCCACUAUCUUUUCUCAUCCUGCAUUGCCCUGGUCAUAUCGGGGCUGUUAUCACAUGUCGGAAAUACCACAGAUCUCGAGUCCCUCGAGACCGCCACCGAGAUUCUGCAUCGGAUGAGUGAUCAUGGUAACCUGGCAGCUACUGAAUUCUAUGAGAACCUCAAACGUGUGAAAGAAGCGCUACCGACAACCUCCGAAGACAUCAAUAAUAAUCACGAACACCCCAGCUAUAGAAUAAAACAUUCUCUUGGAUCUAUUUCACUGGCAGCCGGUGAUCAAGCCAUCAGCUCUCAUCCCAUUGACACUCUACCUGCUACGGGAUUUACAACUGAGAUGGCCUUUCUGGAACCGACAAUGCAGGAGUUUCUGGGCAGGCCAGACAACGAAAUUGAUCUGCUCAAUCCGGACGAUCUUUUGAUCGAUGGGUCUGCUAGUCUUGCUGCAUGGCCCACUAACUUAUGGGCCUCGUGAUUCCUUUGGGCAACUCUUUUGUUGACAGCAUAGAAACUCUUAUCAUAAGGAUACAAACCUGAUGCUGGUCAUCGCAGCGUGUGGGUCUUCUUCAACUGGCGAUGCUAGUGUACCAAUGGAUGGAUGAGCCUCGCUACGUCAUUCUACGCACCAUGCAUCGUCGCCGAAUCCUGUCCGAGACAAGUCAUGCUUGAAUCUAAAUUGCUUGCCCCAUCUUGCAAUAGUC